AUGUAUUAUGACGUGAAUAUCAGCUUGGAUUACUUGAAGCAAGACAUGAAGGAGUUAGAAGAGAAUGAGUAUGAAGGUUUUUGUGUGAAUAGAAUCAUAAAACCAAGAGAUUUGGAGAAAAUCAGAUACGAACCUGUUGAAUUCCUUGGAGCAAAGCCUUGUUACAGCCGUGUGGAGGUUGUGUUUGAAGAGAAGGAGGAAGUUGGAUAUGAUGCAAAAAAGUCUAUGAAGUAUGAUCUGUUUGUUGUGAGGCUGAACGGGGUUGCUGGGAUGGACAGGCUAAUAAGAUGUCAGCCAGAUAUGAUUACAUUCAACUAUGGGAGUCAGAUUCUUCCAUUCAAAUGUGGACUGGUCAGGACGGCAAUCAAAGAGAAUAUAUUUUUUGAGGUACCAUUGAGGGAAAGCCUGUAUGGAGGAACUUCCAGUAUUAUGUGGAUGAGGAAUGUACGUAAGCUACUCUUUAUUACGAAUGGCAAGAAUGUUGUGUUUAGUAGUGGGGCACGAUGCUCCACGGAGAUCAAGAGGCCUAGGGACAUCACGAAGAUGCUGGAGAUGUUUGGACUUAAGAAGAAGAGGGCUUCUGAAGUGAUGCUCAACUCCUUAAGACUUCUAAGAAGAUGUGCAAUGAAGAGGUAUUAUUAUAGAGGCUCUAUUACCCACAGCGUUGAUGAAGGAUCUUUGAAGAGGGAUUUUGUACUAUCUCUGUACAGGGGAUGA